UGAUGAAUUUGUUGAUGCUUGUUACACAAGAGAAAAGUUUGCACUAUGUUAUGGAUUUUCAGUAAGUCCAAUCAAUGGUCAAGAUAUGUGGCCAGAAGUUGAGAUGGAACCACCUCUACCACCUGCAUAUAAAAAUGGUCCUGGUAGACCUAAGAAGAUUAGGAUAAGAGAAAGUGGAGAGGAUGGUGCAAGGAAGAGAAGAUCUGGUGUUGCAUAUAAGUGCACCAAAUGUGAUAAUUUUGGUCACAAUGCUAUGACUUGUAAGGCUACCACUCAGGAUCCCAAUGCACUUAAAAGAAAGAGAAAACCUAAAAAAGGACAUGUGCCAACUGCAACUGAUAUGCCAACUGCAAAUGAUAUGCCAACUGCAUCUGAUAUGCCUGCCCCAACUGCAACUGAUAUGACUGUUCCAACAAAUGUGCCUGUUCCAACUGAUCCACAGCCUCCAACUGAUAUGCCUGUUCCAACUAUUAUGAGUCAAACAGGAUCUAGUGUGGCUGCCUCAAUCACAAAACAAUCCAGAAAAAGGGUUGAAAAAAAACCUAUCAUCAAAAGAAGGCAAAGUGAGAGGAUCAAGUUGAGUUGGUUUAAAAGACCCAUAACAGGUGAAGGAAUAUCUAGUGACAAACCAAUUACCCUACCAGAAAAUGAAGACAUACCCACUUCAAAAUGAGGGACUGAUUAUUAUGUUUCUGCUAUGUAUUUUGUAAUCCUUUUGGAAAACUCUU